AUGGAUCUCUUCCUCUAUAACCCUACGUACCAGGUGUGGAUCUGCACGGCCACCCACUACCAGUACGCGGUGACCCCCUCCACCUUGCUUACCCACCUGCGCACCCGCCAUGGCGCCCACCUAUCCACCGCGACCCCUGCCCUCCGCGAGGCUGCGCUGGCCAUGAUGCUCCAGCGGCCCUGGGCGGACCCGGCCCAGGCGCCCGGCCGCCAGCCCUCCACGGGCGACCCGCCCGUGCCGGGCCUGCCAGUCUACCAGGGCCAUGGCUGCCCGCACUACCCCUAUAUCGCCCGGACCCCAGAUUCAGUGGACAAGCACCGCCGCGGAAAGCAUAGGGGGCAGGAUGGGGAGUGGGGGCCAGGCCAGCUCUCGGUUGCGCGGGCGAGGGCCCGCCAACAGGCCCGCCUUGGGGCAAAGAAGCAGGCGCUGACCACCGCGGAGCUUGUACGGGCCCGUGUGGACCAGGCGCUGCGGGAGGGAGAGGCGGCCGUUAAAUGGGAAGCAAGCCAGGUGCCAGUCCUGGAUCCACACCCUACCAAGGUAUCCCCAUGGCUAGAGCUUACCCGGUGGCCAGAGUACCUGCGCGGCCAGGAUCUGACCAUGGUCGCCCUGCUAGGCGCCCUGCCCGAUCCCCGCGAGGAGCCGCUGCUGGUGCAGCUCAGCGCGAGCGUGCAGCGGCUAAUUAACCAGGCCUACCACGCCAUCCGCGAUGGCCAGAUCAACGAGUUUAACCAGAUCCGCCUGCAGCCCAAGACCUACCACCGCUACAGCCAGGUGUGGCAGCGGCUGGUCUGCUUUGCGUACCGCAGCACGCGGCCGGACCAGGCAAUCCAGCUACGCCACCAGCUUAACACCGGCCAGCUAGCCGCGCUGGACCGCAUGGAGGAGCAUGGCCGCGGGCUAGUAGCGCUUACUACGGAGGCUAUAAAGCCCCAUACACCAGUAGUAGCCAGCCAGGAUGGCCCACCUCCUACGCCACCCACCCCUAACCCGCUGCCACGGCGGACGGUCCCCUGGAAGCGGAAGAAGGACCCAGCUGGGCUAAUAGGCCAGGCUCCUGAGCCUCCCCGUAGCCCCCAUGAGGCAGCGCUCCAGGCCCAGCUGGACCAGGCAACGCUAGACCUCUUUAUCACGCUGCUAGACCACCCCCUGAAGGGGGACCUGUUCGAGAGCACCCUGGUGGGCUUCCUCGCGGUACUCGGGGUGGAUCCUGCGCGCCAGAGCUUCCGCGACCCGUAUAGCUAUACCAGCUCCCUGUCCGGGCUGGUGAAGAUGGCGCAGAUGCUGGUCGCCCUGCGCGCUGUCCGCGAGGCCGAGGCGGGUCUAGUUAGCCACGCCGCGGACGCCCUAGAUGAGAUGCGCGAGCGCUUCCUGCUCUUUGGGGUGCGUGCCCCCUUUGGCUGGAUCACGCGGCUACGCACGUACGGCAAGAAGAUCCAGAACAGUACCACUAGCAUGGGCUAUAUCUACUGGAGCGAUGACGAGCAGACCCUAAGCUAUAAGGACCUGCGCCUGAGCAUGCGCGGGCUGCGGGAAUUCAUCGCGGGGCAGCUACUAGACCGCGUGCUUGGGGCGGACUGGCUGCGCGAGGAGUUCCUAGAGGUCCGCCAGAUCGGGCAGGCGGAUGAGGUGCUCUGGCGGGAGGGCCCUGUGGCACAGUACCUGCAGCAGGUGGACGGGUUCCUGCAGCGCCUGCUCCUCCUCGUCCACAUCACCAGCGGCCAGCCUGCGCGGGCCACCGAGCUGCUGGGGCUGCGCCACCGCAACACCCUGCAGGGCCGCCACCGGAACAUCUUUAUCAAGCAUGGGCUGGUCAGCACGGUCACCACGUACCAUAAGGGCUAUUCUAUUAGUAACACCACCAAGAUCAUCCACCGCUACCUGCCCAAGGCCGUGAGCGAGCUGGUGGUCUACUACCUCUGGCUGAUCCUCCCCUUCCGCGAGGCCCUGGAGCGGCUGGCCCGGGGCCACCGUAGGCCCGCCUCGGCCUUCCUCUGGCCGGCCGCGGGCGGAGGGGACCAGGGGGGGAGCUGGCCGAGCGAACGCCUGCGGAAGGUCCUACAGCAGGAGGCGCAGGCGCACCUGCAGACGAAGCUGAACAUCCUGUCCUACCGCCACGCGGCCAUCACGAUCUCGCGCGUGCACCUGAAGUGCGGCGGCUUCAAGCGGGACUACGGCAGCACGGACGACGCCGCGUUCAAUGAGCAGGCCAGCCACGGGAGCUGGAUCGCGGGCACCGUUACCGGGUGA